CAGGGGGGUGGUUGGGGUGGAGAGAUCCUGGCGCUUUAGGGAGGCUUGGGGGGCUGUCCUUAGGGCAGGGGAAGCAGGGCGAUCGCCCCAGGCCCCGCUCUUUUAACUCCUAUCAAAAUUAACGGGAAGGAGCGGGGCGCAUUGGCCGAUUUGCCCCAGGCCCUGCCCCCACCCCCGCCCUGGUGCUGUCCUUAGACAGCCCUUUGUUCGGGAAACGGGGCACGCAGCAGACAGUGAGGGACACGCCAAGCUGCUGCUUUGUGCCCAGCAGAGGGGCCAGGCUCUCCCUUGCUGCUUGGCAGGGCGACCGGGCCAGCAGGGAGCGGCCAAGCCACGUGCUGCUGAUGGGGGAGGAGCCAAGCUGCUUGGGAGUACGGGGAACCGGGGCGCGGGGGCGGUCCUCUUCCUGGGCACUUUGUUGAAGCUUGUCACCUGCUUGCGUCUGAUAAGGACAAGCACCGGGCAGGUGACAAACUGUGCUCAGGAAGAGAUGCAGGCAAAUUCUCAGGAGAGAUCCAGGCAGUGUCAUCACCAGUGUUUAAUUUUCAGGGAUUUGGCUUAGAUAAAGGGAGACUAGGAUGGCAUGGAGUGCAUUGAUCCUUAGAGUGACCAAGAGUUGGACACGACUGCACGGAGAGAAAGGGAGACUUGAGACUUGAAACAUAUGAUCUCCACCCUGUUUUAUGACACUGUCAUAAUGCUUGGACUUGAAGUUUGGUUUAUCCCUGAAUGCAGAUAUUUAUUGGUUAAUCCUUCAUAGUAACUGUUUCAUUAACAAGCCUUCCUCUGCAAGAAUUUUCCUUGACAUUUUUAAGGGGGACUUUUUAAAUCUUGAUGGAUCACAGUGCCUGUGUUGUCCUUAAAAUAGUUCUGAAAAACAUGGAAUAAACUGCUUCAAGUAUGCAGAAUUAUUAUUGCUUGCAAAUUAAAAAAAAUCUGGAGAAAAUCUUCUCUCCCACUAGCAUCAGGUCUUACAGCAGAAGCAAUUAUAUUCAGCAAGUAGCUUCUCCACAUAGUUUUGCAGGUGGCUCUCUGGUUAGUGAUUUUUGGAUAUGAUGCAUUGUGGAAAUAUAGACCUAUCAUAGUGCGAUUUACAGUAACAUACUCGUGAAUAUUCUGGGAACAUCCGUAACUUUAUUGUGUGUGUGUGUGUGUGUUUGCAGGACAGUGGUCAUAAUCACCCAGGCUCAACAAGGAAUCUGCACUCUGUCUGUCCUUGCCCAAUAGGUUUUAGAGUGCAGGACUUUGAAAUCUAACUGUGUGCAACCUGCAAGUCCAUGUUUGGGGGGGAGAUGAAGGCCCAGUCUCCAUUAGACUCCAUGAGGGCUGCAGUAUGUGCAGACCCAGCUGUGGAUAACCCAGUGGAUUCUGACAGUGCUCGAUUACUCAGCCUGGAGAAGCGGAUGGGGGCAGUGGAGCAGAAAUGGGUUGGCUAUGAGAAAACAAUGACAGAGAUGGAGAGCCAACUAGAGAGCAAACUGGCCACCCUUAAGAUCCUGGUUGAGGAGAACAGUCUACUCCAGAGGAGGCUAGAGAACGUGGAAAACCUGCUGAAGAACCGAAACUUCUGGAUCUUGAGACUUCCUCCAUGUGCAAAAGGAGAAACACCCAAAGUACCAUUGACCUUCAAUGAUGUCUCUGUCUACUUCAAUGAGCAGGAGUGGGGGAACCUGGAGGAGUGGCAGAAAGAGCUUUACAAGACUGUCAUGAGAAGCAACUAUGAGACCCUGGUUUCUCUGGACUAUGCUAUUUCAAAACCCAAGAUUCUGUCCCAGAUUGAACAAGGGGAGGAACCAUGUGUGAAGGACCUGGGAGACCCGGAGGGCAACGAAAUGUGUGCAGAUGUCAGCAGCACAGAUGCUGCACUUGACGCUCCUUCCUGGGUGAAAGAGGAGAUUGUGGAGGAGGUGGCGCCGCUUGCUGAUCAAGAAGACUGUGAUGAAAAAUAUGUCAUUGACAACCCAGGCCUAGAGUUUCAGAUUGUCCAAUAUGAUGCAGGACCCCAGGUUAAGGAAGAGGAGGAGGAAAUGUGUGUCACGGAAGAGCUAUUGUCUUCCAGCAGCCACAGCAGAGAGCCGGCCAUUAAGCAAGAGGAGGAGCAGUGCACUGAGGACCAGCAGGAUUUGGUUUCAAUGCCACCAGAAACUGCUGGACCCAAAAUACCACUCCAGGUGGUAGGGGAGGAAGUUGACCCGAAGUCUCGUCCAUCCCAUGUCUCCUUAGGGACAGCCAUUCUGCAGAAUACCACAGAGAAAUCUGGGCAGAUAGAGGUAUAUAUCCAAGAGGAACACUUUGAGUGUGGCAUGUGCAACAAGAGCUUUGUAGACCCAGUGACUUUCGCCAACCACCAGUUGGCCCACAGCCACAAGCAGAAAUUCCACUGCACGCUUUGCAACAGAAGCUUUGCUUCCGAGGAGCAUCUGUCCCAGCACUUGCGCACACACACGUCUGGAACACAAUUCCACUGUACUAAGUGCAGCAUGAGGUUUUCCAGCCAAGAGUCUCUCGACAUGCACAAACCUGUCCAUUCUGUGGACUGGCCCUUGCAUUGUUCUACAUGUAAAAGGAUAUUUACAUGCACGACAGCAUUUCUCAAGCACCAGCGGUACCACACACCAAGUUCAUUCUUCCAGUGCCCAGAGUGCAGCAUCUAUUUCACUGACGAAGCAGCGCUAGCGGAGCAUGAGCGGACGCACUCCAAGGACUGGCCCUUCCGGUGUGAUCGGUGCAAUCGAACCUUUGUGCACCAGGGUCUGCUGAUGGAACACCUGCAGAUGCACAGCGGCACACAGCGGAGUUACCGGUGCCAUAUUUGUGGCUGUCUGUUUGCCUACGAGGGGAGUCUGACUGUACACCUGUCAAGGCACAAUGGGGCCCAGUAGUUCUAGUGCAAGAAGUGCAAUGCAAGCUUUGCACAUCCAGGUCUUCUGUCUAAAUAUCAGGGGAUUCAUGGGCCUGAAAUGACUGAAUUUUGAGGAUGCAAACAUGUUAGGCCUGCCCAGUCUAUAGAUUUCACUGGUUCCCAGGUUUAAUGCAGAGGAUCGAUACCAGCAUGGAAAGAUUAGAUAUAAAGGAGCAUGGGAUAGAGCAGUUAAGAAAUCUCACUAGGGAUAGAGCAUGUGGGAUAGGAUAGGGGUUUAUAUGAGGGGAAAGGUUUCUAGUUGGAAUUGUUUCCAUUAACUGAGUCCUUCUCUCUCAUAACUUAAUGAGCACUUUCGCCCAGCUAUUUGAGGGUAAGUUGUUCUUACCUGGAAGUCACAGACAAGCAGACUCUCUGUUUGGGUCUGCAGACUCGGCAUUCAGAUUAUCCAGGCAGCUGCAUUCUCCAUUACCGAAAUAAGGAGCUGGGUCAUUUGAGGAUUGCAUAAGGCUUCCCAGCAUGCAUUGCACUGCCAGUACAAGGGCAGCCCUCCGUUUGUUUGUUUUUCAGAUUUAUAGACCGCCCCAAACUUCCAUCUUUGGGUGGUGGAAGAGGGAGAGGAGAGCUGGUCUUGUGGUAGCAAGCAUGACUUGUCCCCUUAGCUAAGCAGGGUCUGCCCUGGUUGCAUAUGAAUGGGAGACUAAAAGUGUGAGCCCUGUAAGAUAUUCCCCUCAGGGGAUGGAGCCGCUCUGGGUUCCAAGUUCCUUCCCUGGCAUCUCCAGGAUAGGGCUGAGAGAUUCCUGCCUGCAACCUUGGAGAAGCUGCUGCCAGACUAUGUGUAGACAAUACUAAGUGAGAUGGACCUAUGGUCUGACUCAGUAUAUGGCAGCUUCCUAUGUUCCUAUGGUUUACAAUAACAUAAAACAGAUUAAAAAUGAAAACCUUAGAACAAUUAAAAUCCAGUCCAGUAAAAAAGCUUGGGUGAGAAAAAUAAGAUCAAGACUUUUAAAAAGCCUGAUACAAUCUUCGAAGGACCCAGCUCUUGAUUUCUGCAAUGGAGACCGCAGCUGCCUGGAUAAACUGUGUGCUGAGUCUGCAGACCCAAAUUAUAUCAUCAGCUGUUCACAGGAGUCACAGGGGGGCAGGACUAGCCCUACCACCAACUGUCUUCCAGAAGAGCACAUUAACAUUCUAGUCCCUGAAGCCACAGUGCUCCAUUGUAGUAUGGCUGCCAGUUCAUGGGAGGAAGAUAGCAGCAAGUCUGCUUAAGGAGUCUUGGCUAGUCUAAGAAUGUUUUUACCUGUUUGUGGAGAAGUUGGUUUUGUAUGACAGGAUUUCAUUUAGAAAAUAUUUUGCCCCUGAAGAAGGCUUCGGCUGAUACCUGUUGGGCUGCAAUAAACAAUUUCACAGCA